CUUCAGUAUUCCUAAUUAGAAAGAGUCUGCCUAUAGACUACCUUUCCCCACGCUGUGUCCCUAUAAAUAAAUGUCAUCAUUUAUAAUCAAUUGAAUUAACAUACGUCAUUUUUGACGCCAUCCAUUUCAAGGUACUGUUACUCAACAGGGAAGGUCAUCCAUUCGUUUUUUUUUGCCAAUACGCCCCUUGUUGUGGUCACACACAAGAAAUCGUCAUUAUUUUAAUUUUCAAACCCCAUUUGUUUUUCCCCCUACACCCUCUCAUGCUAAAAAAGGCCGAGGUCAUUGGGUUUCAUCCAAGAUAUUUUCCAUUUUUCUUUCUUCUUUUUACAUAUUUUUAAUAACUAGUUCAAUGGCACACAGAGAGGGCAUUACCACGGAAACACAUGACUGGACCAUGGUGAAAGCCUCUAGCAUUGUCAAGGAUCAGAAAGUGAUAACCAUUGAAGGGUCUUUACCCGUGGAAGAAGCAUGCAAUGUGCUCAUCAACAACAACAUUUCCUCAGCUCCCGUGUAUGACGCUCAAGUCAGAGAAGCCAACCACAGCGCCAUUAUUCACCCUCGCUCCUACGUAGGCAUGUUUGACUAUGGGGACGUGAUUGCCUACAUCUUGCUUGUCCUCCAAAACAUGCCCCCACCGGGUGAAGACGACGACGAGGAGUUUUUGGAGCAAAGAGAGCAAAAACCAUUAGCUGGAGAAAAUCUGACUUUUGAAAUCAAGGAUAUCGUACGUCGUGCUUUGCAAGGAGAGGAAAUACCUGUAAAAUUAGCCAGUGAUCUCUCACAAAAGAAUCCGUUUUAUUCAAUUCUUCCUGAGGCCACUUUAUUAUCUGCAGUAGAAGAAUUCGCAUAUGGCACACACAGAGUUUGCGUAUUAAACCCCGAUGGAUCUAUCAAGGGUAUUCUUUCACAAUCUACUGUAGCAAGAUACAUUUAUGACAACCAGCGUCAUUUCCCAGAUAUCGAAAUUAUGAUGAACAAAACUCUUCGUCAAUUGGGAUUGGGAGAGUCAGAUGUUAUUGCAGUUAAUGCGGAUUCGCCGGUACUUGACGCACUUUCACUUAUGAGCAAACAUGGUGUUUCCUCUGUCGCUGUUUUAGGGCACAUGGGUAUUAUUCUUGGUAACAUUAGUAUGACAGAUGUCAAGCACGUCAUGAAGAGUUACCGUCACCAACUGUUGUGGAAAACAUGUUUUCAAUUUGUUAGCCUUGUACGUACAGAGCAAGGCAUUGAUGAUGGACAGGACCGAUUGCCUGUAUUUGAUGUCCGUUUAGAUACAACCUUUGGUUUUGCCAUUGCCAAAUUAUUGGCCACCAAAUCUCACCGUGUUUGGGUCCUUGAUGAACGGGAAAGAGCCAUUGGCGUUGUCUCUAUCACCGAUGUCAUGCGUGCUAUUGCUUCUAGUGCUGGUGUCGAGGUUAAACCUCAUCGUGGAAAAUCUGCCUCAAGAAAUUCAUCCCCCUAACUUUUUUCUUACUGCUACAUAAAACCCAGCAAAAAAAAAAAAUAUAAUUAAAUUUUCUUUUCUCUCUCCUUAA